UAAUACUAUAGGACGAGCAGUUCCUGAAGAAAAGUUAUCAAUUUAAAUUUGACUGGGGCUGCAAGUAUGGAAUCUGCAUCAAUAUUUUUAAUAGUUACAGCACUUGUUAUAGGAAUAGUAUCAACUGACGAUGAACUUAUAGAUAAAAGAAGGCCCGGAUGGGGUAAAAGAAGUAAUAUUGACUUAGAGACUGAUUUUUCAGAUUCAAUAAUGGAAAAACGAAAACCUGGUUGGGGCAAACGUGAUAUGAACGAACUUGAAAUGAAUAAACGUAAACCUGGUUGGGGAAAAAGAGCUGGUUUAAAUUCUGAAUAUAUUGACAAACGAAGUCCUGGAUGGGGUAAAAGAAGUUUCAAUGAGGAUAUUAAAAGUUUUAUUGAUAAAAGAAGGCCUGGCUGGGGCAAACGGACGGCAGAUUUGCUUGACUCUCUCAAUGCUGAGAUUUAUAAAAGAAAACCUGGAUGGGGAAAACGGUCAGAAAUGGAAAAGAGAAAACCUGGGUGGGGGAAGAGAGCAUUUCCAGAACCAAGUGAUAAAGACUCAUCAUAUUUCAGUUUACCUUCUGAUAUUUCAAACGUUUUUAACAAACGUGCUCCAGGAUGGGGUAAGAGAACGCCUGAAAGUGACAUACAUGUAGAGCGUCGAAGGCCAGGCUGGGGCAAGAGGGCACCUGGAUGGGGAAAGCGUUCAAUUGUACCUACAUGUCAAGACAUAGAUCUAGAAAUGCAGCAGCUGCUAAAUACCAUAUUAAAGUUGGAGGAGAAGAGGAGAUUUCUCUGUGAUACGCAGUCAAUGACGUCAGGAGAAUUUGAAAGUUCCGAGUGAUGCCUUUCCAGAUCAUAUGGAAAACACAUCCUUUUGUUCGAACAAGGAACAAAUUGACAUAGUGUGAGAUCUUGAGGACUGUUUUAUUGACCUCCCUAUUCUGUGAAUUCUACUGCCAGUACUUCACCUGAUUUACUAACCAUUAGAUCGCCAUAUUAACCGCUCUUCUGUAUACAGUCCCUCAGACAUUUUUUGGAUGAUACUUACUGUGGCCUGUAAAUCAAUAGCAAAGGACAGUAUAUAGUGGCUAUCUGUUGAUUGUUAAUUGAAAUAAAGAAAAAUAAAAAAUAUGUUUGUUGA